UAAACUCCCGAUUAUCCGCGAGCGGAUUAUCCGCGUUGCGGAUUAUCCGCUGUCUUCCACGGAAUCGUCUACAUACCUAUUUGUAAACAAAUAUUUAAUACUAAUACACGUGUAUGUACUUCUAUUAAUACACAUUAUGUUAUGUUCUUUUAAUACUAUUCCCUGGAAUGUACAUUGCACAUAAUUAUCGGUUAAAUUGGGCUACGAUAGUCGAUUAUGCGAUAACGUACAUUACAUAUUGCAUUUGAUCACUAAUAACGCGUAUAUCUAUUUAGUCUUCUGUCUACCAUCGACUAGAACUUUGUGCGUUUCGCGUGUGAAAAAAUGAGUGAAAAAAGAAAAAAAGUGCUAUUGUCAAUUCAAGACAAACUUGAAUUGAUUAACGAUAUUAAAAAGGGUACGUCGAAAAAACAAAUAAGCUUGAAGUAUGGAAUAGGAGAAAGCACCGUUAGAGACAUUUUUAAACAGAAAGAUAAAUUAAUGAAAUUCGCGUCCGCAUCUGACAACAACUCAUCAAUGAAAAAAAGAAAAACCAUGAAAACUAGCACUUAUAAAGAAUUAGAUGCGGCUCUUUUACAGUGGAUAAAUCAAGUUAGAAGUGAGGGAACUCCUGUUUCAGGACCUAUUGUUUCUGCAAAAGCAAAACAGUUUUUUGAAAUGUUAGGUUUAGAAGGGAAAUUUGACGCGUCAUCAGGGUGGUUGACAAGGUUUAAAAAACGCCACGGAAUAAGAGAAAUUGGAAUUAACGGCGAUAAAUUAAGU